CAAAUUGUGAAGAUUCCAGAGGCAUCAUGCAGAUCUUCGUCAAGACUCUCACUGGCAAGACCAUCACCCUUGAGGUGGAGCCGUCUGACACAAUUGAAAACGUGAAAGCAAAGAUCCAGGACAAAGAGGGAAUCCCGCCCGAUCAGCAGAGGUUGAUUUUCGCUGGAAAGCAGUUGGAAGAUGGACGCACACUCUCAGAUUACAAUAUCCAGAAAGAAUCCACACUUCACCUGGUGCUGAGACUUAGGGGAGGAAUGCAGAUUUUUGUGAAGACCCUCACAGGCAAGACUAUCACAUUGGAAGUGGAGCCGUCUGACACCAUUGAGAAUGUGAAAGCUAAGAUCCAGGACAAAGAGGGAAUCCCCCCAGAUCAGCAGAGGCUUAUCUUUGCCGGCAAACAGCUUGAGGAUGGCAGAACCUUGUCCGACUAUAACAUCCAGAAAGAAUCCACACUCCAUUUGGUGCUCAGACUCAGAGGAGGUAUGCAGAUCUUUGUCAAGACCCUGACUGGCAAAACCAUCACUCUGGAAGUGGAGCCAUCGGACACCAUUGAGAACGUGAAGGCCAAAAUCCAAGACAAAGAGGGAAUUCCUCCAGAUCAGCAGAGAUUGAUCUUUGCCGGCAAACAGCUUGAGGAUGGCCGUACCUUGUCGGACUACAACAUCCAGAAAGAGUCCACUCUCCAUUUGGUGCUGCGUCUGAGAGGAGGUAUGCAGAUCUUCGUCAAGACCCUGACUGGCAAAACCAUCACUCUAGAAGUGGAGCCAUCUGACACCAUUGAGAACGUGAAGGCCAAAAUCCAAGACAAAGAGGGAAUUCCCCCAGAUCAGCAACGUCUUAUCUUUGCCGGCAAACAGCUUGAGGAUGGCCGUACCUUGUCGGACUACAACAUCCAGAAAGAGUCCACUCUCCAUUUGGUGCUGCGUCUGAGAGGAGGUAUGCAGAUCUUCGUCAAGACCCUGACUGGCAAAACCAUCACUCUGGAAGUGGAGCCAUCGGACACCAUUGAGAACGUGAAGGCCAAAAUCCAAGACAAAGAGGGAAUUCCUCCCGAUCAGCAGAGAUUGAUCUUUGCCGGCAAACAGUUGGAAGAUGGCCGUACCUUGUCGGACUACAACAUCCAGAAAGAGUCCACUCUCCAUUUGGUGCUGCGUCUGAGAGGAGGUAUGCAGAUCUUCGUCAAGACCCUGACUGGCAAAACCAUCACUCUGGAAGUGGAGCCAUCGGACACCAUUGAGAACGUGAAGGCCAAAAUCCAAGACAAAGAGGGAAUUCCCCCAGAUCAGCAACGUCUUAUCUUUGCCGGCAAACAGCUUGAGGAUGGCCGUACCUUGUCGGACUACAACAUCCAGAAAGAGUCCACUCUCCAUUUGGUGCUGCGUCUGAGAGGAGGUAUGCAGAUCUUCGUCAAGACCCUGACUGGCAAAACCAUCACUCUAGAAGUGGAGCCAUCUGACACCAUUGAGAACGUGAAGGCCAAAAUCCAAGACAAAGAGGGAAUUCCUCCAGAUCAGCAGAGAUUGAUCUUUGCCGGCAAACAGCUUGAGGAUGGCCGUACCUUGUCGGACUACAACAUCCAGAAAGAGUCCACUCUCCAUUUGGUGCUGCGUCUGAGAGGAGGUAUGCAGAUCUUUGUCAAGACCCUGACUGGCAAAACCAUCACUCUGGAAGUGGAGCCAUCGGACACCAUUGAGAACGUGAAGGCCAAAAUCCAAGACAAAGAGGGAAUUCCCCCAGAUCAGCAACGUCUUAUCUUUGCCGGCAAACAGCUUGAAGAUGGCCGUACCUUGUCCGACUACAACAUCCAGAAAGAGUCAACCCUUCAUCUAGUCUUGCGUCUGCGUGGUGGAAAGUGAACGGCUGAGUUUAUCUCUAGGCUGUUCUAAUCAUUACCUGCUGCUUUUUUACGUGAUGUUUUUAUGGCUAACUUGAUUCUUUUUGUAUUAUUUGUAUACUAAACGUAAGUUACUUUCAGCUUGGACCUACUAAAAAGUUUUGUACUUUAACACUGAAACCUUACAAAGACCCUUUUGUCUUUCUAAAAAUCCAGGACGCCUGUGAAAUUUGAGCGUAUGCAGAGGUAAUAAUUAAUAAAAAUGCUCAAGGAUACUUUUAA